UAAAAGCCAGCAAGGAAAGAGUUGAGAGCCAGGAAACACAAAAAAAAGAGAGAGAGAGGAGACAGACAGGGUGCUCUGGGAAGAUCUGGGGAAAUCUUUGGCGCCCUGCUUUUUUAAAUGGGAUCUCUCAAUGCCCACUCUGUGCCUGUGUUUGCUCGUUGUCAGAGUCUACGUGCGCCUCCUGAAUCAUUCUGUCCAUGAGAACUGGCGUCUGAUCCACUCUUAUCAAUGAAGCAGGACAUGAUGGCGGAUGGCCCCAGGUGUAAGAGGCGAAAACAAGCCAAUCCACGGAGGAAAAACGGAGGACUUACAUUAGACAUUGACACAGAUGUGCAGGACCUACCCCUUCUCCCAGAACGACUGCCAAAUAUUUGUAAGAGGACAGACUCACAGAAUAUAUUAACCUUCGACAAUGUAGUAGACACGGGUUCGGAGACAGAUGAAGAUGAAAAGCUCCACAUCGCUGAAGAUGACAGUAUUAUUACCACAUUGGACCAGGAAACAAGUCCGGCUAGUAUGCUCAAUCACGAGUCUUCACCGCACGCCAACCAGGUGUUACUGGCAAGAGAAGAAGAGGAAGAUGAGCUGAGGGAUGGCGGGAUAGACCACAACUGGCACAAUGAUGAUCUUCUGAAAGCUUCCAUAGAUGGUUCUGAUGAAAUGAAAGGAGACUAUGAUUGUAUGGGACCUGAAGCCACUCACAUAACCACUAUCAAUAACGGUACAGUAAAGAACACAAAUUGCACUUCGGGAUUUGAAGACUAUUUCACCAAUAGGAAGAUGGACAACAACGACGGGCACGGCGUUAGCAUAGCAGAGUACUUACACCGCAGCGACACAGCCAUCAUUUACCCAGAAGCCCCGGAGGAGCUAUGCCGCUUGGGAACACCAGAGGCCAACGGGCAGGAGGAGAAUGACCUGCCACCUGGAACACCAGAUGCUUUUGCCCAGCUGCUAACCUGUCCCUAUUGCGACCGGGGCUACAAGCGGUUGACGUCACUGAAGGAGCACAUCAAGUACCGCCACGAGAAAAACGAAGAAAACUUCUCUUGCCCCCUUUGCAGUUAUACAUUCGCCUAUCGCACGCAACUUGAGCGGCAUAUGUUGACGCACAAGCCAGGGAGAGAUCAGCAUCAAAUGUUGACCCAGGGAGCAAGCAAUCGCAAGUUUAAAUGCACAGAGUGUGGCAAAGCCUUCAAAUAUAAGCACCAUUUAAAGGAACACCUCCGAAUACACAGCGGAGAGAAGCCAUACGAAUGCCCAAAUUGCAAGAAACGCUUCUCCCAUUCGGGUUCCUACAGUUCACACAUUAGCAGCAAGAAAUGCAUCGGCCUGAUCUCUGUGAAUGGGAGAAUGAGAAACAACAUGAAGGCAGGUUCAUCUCCAAACUCUGUGUCAUCAUCUCCCACCAAUUCAGCCAUAACUCAGCUCCGGCACAAACUGGAGAAUGGGAAACCACUUGGCUUGACGGAACCUUCAGGCCUAUUAAAGAUCAAAACUGAAUCACUAGAUUACAAUGACUAUAAACUUCUUAUGGCAGCCACACACGGGUUUAAUGGUCCUAAUCCAUUCAUGAAUGGUGGCCUUGGAGCCACCAGUCCUUUGGGAAUUCACUCCUCAGCUCAGAGCCCAAUGCAGCACUUAGGUGUAGGGAUCGAGGCAUCGUUACUUGGGUACCCAAACAUUAGCAGUAACUUGAGUGAGGUGCAGAAGGUCCUGGAAAUUGUGGACAACACAGUCUCAAGGCAGAAGAUGGAAUUCAAGUCUGAAGAGAUUGCAAAGAUGAAGGGCUACCACAUGAAGGAAACUGGACCUCAAAGAGAGGAACAAGGUGUGACGUCUCCUGGCGUCCAGCAGGUGGGUCUUCCAGUAGUAAGUCAUAAUGGUGCCACUAAAAGUAUUAUUGACUAUACGUUAGAGAAGGUAAAUGAAGCCAAAGCCUGUUUACAGAGCUUGACUACAGAUUCAAGAAGACAGUUUAGCAAUAUUAAGAAAGAGAAGUUACGUACUUUGAUAGACCUCGUAAGUGAAGAGAAGAUGCUAGAGAGCCAUAUUAUAGCCACUCCAUUUUCUUGCCAGUUUUGUAAAGAAAGUUUUAACGGUCCCAUUCCUUUGCACCAACACGAAAGAUACUUGUGUAAAAUGAACGAAGAAAUUAAGGCAGUCCUCCAGCCCAGUGAAAAUCUUAUUCUCAAUAAACAGGGCAUGUUGGCUGAGAAACAAGCACUCCUGCUGUCAUCAGUACUUUCCGAGAAAGAAAUGAUUAGCCCUAUCAACCAUUACAAGGACCACAUGUCUGUACUUAAAGCGUAUUACGCUAUGAAUAUGGAACCUAACUCAGAUGAACUACUGAAAAUUUCCAUAGCUGUUGGCCUUCCUCAGGAAUUUGUGAAGGAAUGGUUUGAGCAAAGAAAAGUCUAUUCAUAUGCAACUUCCAGGUCACCAUCUUUGGAAAGGACCAGUGGGGAGGUGGCACCAGUAACCACCACUCCCACGAAAGACUCUACAUCAGCUAGGUCUCCGGUAAAACCUGUGGAUUCUAUUACUUCGCCAUCUAUAGCAGAACUUCAUAACCGGGUAUCGACUUGUGAUAUGCCUCUCAGGCUAACAAAACCUAGUCAUUUUACUGGUCUAAAGCCAGUUGUUGAUAAAUUGGACCACUCCAGGAGCAAUACUCCAUCUCCUUUAAAUCUUUCUUCCACAUCUUCUAAAAACUCCCACAGUAGUUCUUACACUCCAAACAGUUUUUCCUCGGAAGAGCUUCAAGCUGAGCCUUUGGACUUAUCUGUACCGAGACAAAUGAAGGAAAUAAAAAGUAUUAUAGCCACAAAGAACAAAGCCAAACCUAAUAAUGUCACUAUUGACCACAACGGUGUUCUUUUGCCCUCUGAGACUGUAGACGAGCCACUGAAUUUAACGUACAUUAAAAAGGAAUUUUGCAAUUCCAAUCAUGUGGACAAAAGCACUAACCAGCUAUUUGGCAUGAGUCCAUUUAGUGGAAAACCUUUGUAUACCACGCUUCCACCACACAGCGCUUUUCCACCAGCCACUUUUAUGCCUCCAGUGCAGGCAAGUAUCCCGGGACUACGAGCAUAUCCGGGACUUGAUCAGAUGAGCUUCCUACCACAUAUGGCCUAUACUUACUCAGCUGGGGCAGCUACGUUUGCAGAUAUGCAGCAGAGGAGGAAGUACCAGCGGAAACAGGGAUUUCAGGGUGAAAUGCUUGACGGGGCUCCCGAUUACAUGUCAGGCCUGGAUGAUAUGACCGAUUCUGACUCCUGCCUGAGUCGGAAAAAGAUUAAGAAGACGGAAAGCGGCAUGUACGCCUGCGAUUUAUGCGACAAGACAUUCCAGAAAAGUAGCUCCCUCCUGAGACACAAAUAUGAACAUACAGGAAAAAGGCCACACCAGUGUCAAAUUUGUAAAAAGGCAUUUAAACACAAACACCACCUUAUAGAACAUUCGCGACUGCACUCUGGCGAGAAGCCAUACCAAUGUGACAAAUGCGGCAAACGCUUCUCACACUCUGGGUCUUACUCACAGCACAUGAACCACAGGUAUUCCUACUGUAAGAGAGAAGCCGAGGAACGGGAAGCGGCCGAGAGGGAAGCCCGAGAGAAAGGCCACCUGGAACCCACCGAGCUGCUGAUGAACCGGGCUUACCUACAGAGUAUUACUCCUCAGGGCUACUCUGACUCAGAGGAACGGGAAAGUAUGCUUAGAGACGGGGAGAUGGAAAGAGAGCACGAUAAGGAAGUCGAGGACGUUUACGAUAAGCUCGGGAAGCUAGACGGAGAUGAAGAGUUUGAAGAGGAAGAGGAGGAGAGCGAGAACAAAAGCAUGGACACGGAUCCGGAUACAAUCCGGGACGAGGAAGAGAACGGUGAACAUUCAAUGGAUGAUAGCUCAGAGGAUGGCAAAAUGGAAAUGAAGUCGGAUCAUGAGGAAGAAAACAUGGAGGACGGCAUGUAAUAAACUACUGCAUUUUAAGCUUCCGAUUUUUUUUUUUUUUUUUCUCUCCAGUAGUCUUGUUACUUGCUCGAAAACUCUGCUGAAAAGCUGUUCAUGCACGUGCCUGAAGCUUCCAGGAAGCCUGUACAGAUGAACUGAAAAGGGUGGGAGGGGUGGAGGGGGGUUGGGGGCAGUUCUGCCAAAACGAAACAAACAAACAAAAAAAAAAGAUAAUUUUAAGUCAAAGUCAAAUAAAGUUUGAGGUGGUCGUUGUUGAGAACUGCAUUAUGCAAACAUUUUUGUACAGUAUUAAAAGGCCUAGAAACUGUGUGGUUUCAGAGACUAAACCCCUGUGUUUAAUAGCAUUUAUUCUUUAAGCACAAAAUAGUUAAUUGUACGAAUUGCACUCUACUUAUAUAUCACUACAAAUUAAAAAAAAAAAAAAAGAUAUUUCUAAUUUAUAUUAAUACAUUUAAAUAAAGAAGUGCCCGCACUGCUGUACAUCAGUAUUAUCACUCCUUUUUUUAUUUUUUUUUAUUUAAGGUGCUCGCACGCAAUACACCUGUGUUAAAAAUAUUCCUUCAUAACUUCUUUUCUUUGCUAUUCAUAAUUUCUCACUUAGGUAACCACACAAUUUUAGGCCUGUUUUAUUUUUUAAAUUUUAUUUUUAAUGUGAAGGAACAUGAAGUGUUGCAUGUGUAAAAAAAAAUUAUGGAGAUACUGAAGUCUUAAGAGUGACCCGGAUAUGAUGGUAAAAGGAGGAUGAUGACUAAAGAAAGCCUUUGUAAUGUGGUUUUUUU